AUUAAAAAUUGUCCUCUUUUUCUAGACUUUACCUGUACGCAGUCAUAUUAAGGAACUGGAUUCCAAAAAAUUGCCAAAUCCCUCAACCACUACACCCACUAGCCCUUUAAGUAAUGGUCUAUUGAGCAAAUACGAUUCUUUGCUCUCACCCUCAAGCGAAAAACAAGACACACCCUAUGAUCCGCUAGAAUUAAAACAUAAAGAAGCCAAUGAAAUUAAAGAUCGCGGUAACAAACAUGUCAAAAUGGCUGAAUAUCCUAUGGCCAUAGAAGCUUACACACAGGCUAUAGAAUUGUAUCCGGAUGAUGCAGUGUAUUACAGUAAUCGUGCUUUGUGUUAUUUAAAAUUGGAAAGAUAUGAUGAAUGUAUCGAGGAUUGUGAACGAGCCAUUGACAUCGAUCGUUUGGCGGUGAAAGCCUACUACAGACGCAUGAUGGCAAAUGAAUCGUUGGGCAAUAAUAUGGAUGCCCUUAAAGAUUGUACCACAGUAUUAAUGAUAGAACCAAAAAACAGUGAAGCCAAGCGUAGUCUGGAGCGAAUUAAUGAGCGUUUGCGUAAAAAUGUAAAAUCAACAAAUGGUCCCAACUUUAGUCCUCUUAGUACAAAUUUGGUAGAUAUUUUACCCAUCGAUAAGCCAGCCUAUAAACGUUCAACAAAACCCUUAAGUCGCAUAGCUAUAGCUGACGUAGUGGGCCCUAAAGAUAGUAAAAAUUAUGAUAAUUUAAAAAUAUCUGAUGAAGAUAUUGAUAAAUUAUUUAAUAGUAAUUGUGGUCACUUUGAGGAGGUAAAGGCUCCCCUUAAAAAGGAAACAAAUGUGAAAAAAACUACAAAUGUACCUAAACCUCUGAGUGUAGAAAAACAGGAUAUUGCUGCCAAGGUAGAGGAAGAGAAAACUGUAACUACAAACUCUUUAAGUAAACAUGAGAAGUGCAAUAAAAUUAUGGCAGAAGAAAUAAACAUUAAGGAGCGUCCUUUACCGCCUGCCCCUAGCUCUACGGCUCAAUUUUAUUCCAACUGGAAGGAAUUGUCAGCUCAACAAAAAUAUCAAUAUUUGAAGAGUAUACCUGUUUCUCAUGUAUGCAAAAUUUUGGGCGCUGGUUUUGAUUCGGAUACUUUAACAGACAUCAUUAGAACUUUGCAUGAUUUUUAUUUGCCAGCAAAGGAUACCAACACUUCGGCCACACUUUUGGAAGUUAGCAAAAAUAAACAGGUCUCCAUUUUGUCUCUCUUAAUGUCCAGUGAGGAUCGUAAAGGUAAGAAUUCAGGAAGAAAAGAUAGUAAAAUGUUUUGGUAUAUUAUACAAAAGAAGCAUUUUUUUAAUUAUACGUAA